GCUACACAUAAAGUCACUAGAUUCUUCCAAUAAAUAUCAACGUAUCCAUAUAAAGUCGACAAAGUACAUGUAAAGACAGUAAGGUUACUACUACUGUUGGCGUCAUUUUAAUGACAUUUAAAGUAUUUAUUAUUGUUGUAAAUUAAUAUUAAAGCACUAAAUUUUUCAAUUCAAACGACUGUCAUCUUAAAUAAAUUGAAGAUUUCAUAUCAACUACAUUAUUAUAAUGAACAAACAAAUAUUUCUCAUUGUUGUAUUAUUGACUAUACUUGUUAAUAAAGGAGACACUUUAUAUUGCUACAGAUGUAAUAGUAAUCAACCUGGGUGUGGCACUCCUUUGAAUUGGCUGUGGUAUUGGGGAGAAACUUGCCCAGAAUAUGAUGAUAAAUGUAUAAAAAUUAUUGAAAGAAGAGGAGCCAAUACGAUGAUAACACGUGAUUGUUUAAGUUCUGUACGUAACUUUAGAACAGAUAUUCCAGCUGAUCGAUAUGAAGGUUGCCGACCAGCUGCAAAAGAUGUUCGAUUAGGACAUUACGUAAAUAAUUCUAUUUGGCAAUUAGAUAUUCAUAGAGACUAUUAUGAUGAAGUAACAUGGUGUUUCUGCUACUUUGAUCAUAGAUGUAACACUGCAGAUAAUGUUACUAUAUCAGUAUUAUUGUUAUUUAUCAGUAUUGCAAUACUUCAGUUUGCAACAUGAAACAUUUAUUAAAUAUUAAAUGCUUACAGCAUUAAAUUUAUUAGUUCUUUUUUGAAAAAAAUUAAGUAUAUUUGCAUUUGUAUACAGUAUAUUUAAGUAGAAUAUUUUUGUAUAUAAUGUAAAUAAUCAUUUAAACAUGAGAAGUAAUUAUUUUUACAUAGAAAAUGGUAUAAAAUGCUGUUCUAUAAGAAUGCAAUCUAUAGAUGCAACAAGAACAAUGCAAUAAGAACAAAUAUUUAUAUAUUUUAAUAUACAAUAAGAUUCCGUCCAGUUUUGAAAAGAAUUAUUUCUUAUAUUUAAGAAUAUAGUAAUCUUAAAGACUAAAUGUUUCCAUCCAUUUUUGAAAAAAAAAUUAGUUUUAUAUUUUUAUUAAAUAACUUUAUAUAAUAGUAUAUAAUAGUAUAUAAGAGUAUAUAAUUUUAUACUUAUAUUAGAUUUAUACUUUUUAUCACAUACAUGAUGUAUAUUAAUUGUAUCUUUAAUAAAA